AUGUGUCACAAGAGAUCUCAUACAAAUGAAAGACCAUUCAAAUGUCCAGAGGGAGAUUGUGAAGCAUCCUUUUUGAGGAAUAGUCAUCUCAAGGCCCAUAUGGUGUCCCAUAAAGAGGGUGAUACCAAACCAUUCCAUUGCUCUGUUUGUGGGAAAGGUGUUAAUUCAAGACAACACUUGAAGAGACAUGAAAUCACUCAUACUCAAUCAUUUGCAUGUACAUAUCCAGAAUGUACAGAAACAUUUUACAAGCACCAAUCUCUUCGACAUCAUAUCAUGUCUGUACAUGAGAAUACAUUAGUAUGUCAUCAAUGUGAUAAGUCAUUUUCUCGUCCUUAUAGAUUGGCGCAACAUAAUUUGAAGUAUCAUGGAGAAGUGCCUACUUAUCAAUGCGAUCAUCAAGGAUGCUUCAAGAGUUUCAAAAACUGGUCUGCUUUGAGAUUUCAUAUCAAUACCGACCAUCCUAAAUUGAUCUGUCCUAUUUGUGGGAAAGGCUGUGUUGGUAAAGUGGGGUUGGAAUCACAUAUGACCAAUUUGCAUGAUGAAUCUAAGAUGGUACGUAAUUGGAAAUGCAAUUAUUGUGAUAUGGGACAAUUUAUAAAAAAAGCGGAUUUGAUUGAACAUUAUAAUGAUUUACAUGAUGGGAAUAUACCUGAAGAUCUUCUAAAGGCUACAGACAAGGAGAAGUUGGAUCAAUUGCUUCUGGAAGCUACUGAGAAUCAUCAGCUGAAUGUUAAAGACCUUACACUUAUCUCCAAUUUAAACGAAUUAGAGUCCGAUGAAGAAGAAGAAAAUAUACAGCACCGAAUGAAACGAGAUGCUUCUCCAUACAAUGUAUCUGAAUCUCAAAGAUCUAUAAUCUCAACGGACUCUUUGAAUGUUGCACUUAAAUCGGGGAAAACCUCAAUUCGAGAUUUAAUUCUGAACAAUUAUGACCCCAAAAAAUUGGUUUGUCCCAAGCCCAAAUGCGGCAAGAAGUUCAGAAGAGAUCACGAUCUCCGUCGUCAUUUGAAAUGGCAUGCCGAUUCGUUAGUGAAAAUCAAUGCGUUUCUCGAUACUUUGGACGACUCUCCACCAAAGGAGUUUUCGACAUUGAAUGAUUUGCCGACACCAGAAGAAACUGACGCUGGUUGUAAGAGAACUAUUAGCGAUUCUGAGUUUAAUAACCAAAGAGAAAAGAAGUUUCAGAAACUUGACAAUACCGAAAUCGAUUUGGAGGAACAGGACUUUGAAUUGGAUGAUCUCAUUGAUUCUGAACUCAAGCUGCUCACAGCUGGACUGGCUCAUAUUAGGGAAUGA